AUGGCGAAGCAACAGGUCAGCUACGACCUCGACCUUGGUGGCAGCUUCCUCAAGGGCCUGCCCCCUUCAAUCAAAAGAUACACGUAUCAUGGAGAGGAGCAAUUGUUUGACAUCUUCCAAUCCGAAUUCACUCGUUUUGAAGCCUCCACCGAAAUAAGCGAAGAAAUCCUCUUCCACGCAAGCAAAGAGACUAUCGAAACCAUUUUCAAUCCUGAAAACGAAGACGCCUCUAUCUCAAAACUUUGCACUUCCUUUGACCUUAUUGAACAGCUCUUCUUAGUCACUAUGGAAUCAAUGCCACACGCCAAAGCCGCCGAUCUCAUGAACAGUGCGAUUCGGGACACCCUGACACCAAUGGGCUUGUCCAGUUGCCUCAACGCAUAUCCGAGUGCACACGUGAGAGGACAAAGUCGGGGAAAGAAGCCUGACUAUAGCUGGAACCCCAUCAGGCAAGAGCCUGGCCAGCCCAGCUCGCCCUCCGUUACCCUCGAAGUUGCGUACUCAGAAUCCGACUCAAAACUAAAUUCUGAUGUCCGAUUCUGGUUGAAUCCAGAUGAUGGCAAUGCAAAUAUAUGCCUAACUCUCCGCAUCAAUCGCUCCCAUCCAGAAAUUAUAAUUGAAGUGUGGGAGAGGCAAAACAACAAGGCCCAUCGCUCCCAGCUCACAUUUAUCACCAGCCAAAACAACCAGACACACGUCAGCGACCAUCCUCUCGUGAUCCCGUUCGUCAGUUUGUUCCGUCGCAACUCCACUCGUCCAGGGGAGAGAGACCUGGCCAUCUCCCAACAACAACUGGCGCGUGUCGCAGAGGGGAUUUGGGCAGAGCAGGGGUGGUAA